AUGAGGCUCUGUGAAUCCUAUGAUUUCAUUGACCCACGUAAAAAUGUUCACAACAAAGAGAAAAUCAACAAAAAUUUCGAAGAAAUUUUUUUCGUUAAAGUACCGAAAACUUCUUUUGACAGUCUGCAUGUUUGUCAUAUGAGCGAAAUGCAUGACAAAAACACAAUAGAAGAUUUAGAAGAUUGGAAGGAAAAGAGUAAUUUUGUUCUGAUUAAACAAAGGUUUUGGUUUGAAAGACUGAUAUAUUGUCAUUUUCGCGAUCAAUCCCCACAAUCAAGUCAUCCAGAGAUCACCUAUGCCGAAAUCAUCAAACUUCCUCGGCACACAUAUGUUGGGCUUGUUGAAAUCAUUUAUAAAGCUUGGUUAGAUAAAGAAUUUGAUCCCUAUAACUUUGCAGGAAUAUUAAAAUGCAUAUUUGUUUUAUUCAGUUACGAUUCAAAUGAGGCAUUGAUAAAAUCUCUCCACACAAAUUUAGUAAUUGACGCAAUAAAUCAAUCAAAGGAGUUCAUUUAUUAUGCUGUAGAAAAUUCUAAACAAGUUAAUAUAGUUAAGUCGGAGGCUUACAUCUCUUAUAGAGUUCAAAACGAAGAAGUAUUACGUGAAAAUUAUCCUUCGGUUGAUUCGGCUUCUGACCCUUAUCAGUCUGAACGAACCCGCUUUAACAUCAAUAAUUUUGUAAACAUUCUGAAUGAUGACCUUAAAGAGAAUGGCUUUGAUUCACUAGUUAUAGUUUACUACAACUGGAGAGGAAUGUCUAGAUUUUCUUGGGAGAAGUCUGGGAUCACAAAGAUUUCAUAUCGUACAUAUCGUAGUAUUGAAGAAUUUCGUUCUUCUCUUCAGAAAAUUACAGCAAGUUGA